AUGUUUUUUUUUUCUUUAGUCGAAAUUCGAACCAGAGCAACUCACACUCUCACUGCCACCACGAGUUCGUGUCAGCAAACAACAGCACAUCAGGCCGUCCGGCGUGGCCACUGCCCUCCCGUCCGCCGCACCAUUCAUUUCCGGUUCAAACAACACCAGUGCUACCGACAGUCUCCACCACGACACAAGUCCACACUUGCUCCUCUCUUAAGAAAAAAAUGAAGAUAGCUCUGAAAAGGAAAAUACCACCGGGAAUUGAUAUUGAGGAUAAUGGAGGGGAAUCUUCAAGUGAAGAUGACUCUGAUAAUAUAUCCCAACCUAGUUCUAUAUUUUCAUUUGGGGAUACAAGUAUUCAAGAUCAUACAAAUAUUUCCAAAUCAAAAGCCAAAACCAUUCUUGAAGAAAUUGGUGAUGAUGUGUUUAGCUUGUUGUUUGAUGUGCCUGAUCUUGAAUAUACAAAGAAACAAAUCAUUUUGGUUUUUCGUUAUGUUGAUGCAUUUGGAAUUGUUCAUGAGAAAAAUUUUGGUCUCGUUAAUGUGUUGGAGAUAUCUGCAUUAUCCCUUAAAUCUUCCAUUGAUUCUUUUUUUGCUCAAAAUGGACUCAGUUUGAAAAAAGUUAGAGGUCAAAGUUAUAACGGAACAAGCGAUAUGCGUGAUGAGUUUAAUGGUUUAAAAGAUUUAAUCAAAAAAGAAAAUAGCUCGGCAUAUUAUGUACAUUGUUUUGGUCAUCAACUUGAGUCGGUUGUUGUGGCAAUUGCAAAAACACAUUUUGGUGUUGGGAAUUUCUUUGACAUGAUAGCCAUUCUCAACAAAGUGGUUUGUACUUCUUGCAAACGAAAAGAUAUGAUUCGAGAAAGUGACAAAAAGAAAGUACAAGAAGCUAUCAGUAUUAGUGAAAAUGAAAAUGCGCUAAAUCAUCUUUUUUCAAGUGGUGGAAAUAAGGUGAUUGAUUUUCACCGCAACACACUUUCGCAUGUGCUUCAUGUGUUUCCUUCUAUUUUUAAGGUGCUUGAAUAUGUUGAAGAGGAAGGUGAUACUAGUUUGAGUCCACGUCAAGCAAAUGGGCUCCAUAUCUAUUUAAAAUCAUUUGAUUUUGUGUUCUAUUUGCACUUGAUGUUGCAAAUUUUAGGGAUUACACAUGUAUUGCCACGAGCUCUUCUAGGAGAAGGUAAAGAUGUCCUGAACGCUAUGUUAUUGGCUAAAUCAACUAAGCAGGUAUUGGAAAAGUUUAGAGCUGAUGGGUUUGAUUCACUUUUGAAGGAGAUCUUUUCUUUUUGUGAAAAACACGAUAUUGGAACAAUGAAAAGGGCCGAAGAUUAUGUUAAUCCAAAAAACCCUAAACAAAAGACUGAUAUCACGUAUCGACAGUAUUACGAGUUUGACUGUUUUAACACUGUUGUGAAUGCGCAAAUUGAAGAGUUUCAUGAUCGUUUUAGUGAAGAAAGCUCCGAAUUGCUUAUUUGUACAAUUGCUUUGAAUCCACGUGAUUCAUUUCGUGAGUUUAACCGAUCAAAGUUACUGAAGUUGGCUAAGAUGUAUCCAGAUGAUUUUAGUUGUGCGGAAAUGAUGAUGCUUGAGCAUCAACUUGACUUCUACAUUGACAUUAUUAAAAAAGAUAAAAUAUUUGUU